UCGGAGUUGAGGUAGUAUAGUUAUGCAGGUUUCCCAUAAAUCGGAUCCUCUCAAGACCCUUAUGGCAUGUGAUGUUUGGGCAGAUUGCGCCGGCGCUGAUACUUUUCAGUAGACAUGCUGCAAGCGAGAGCGAUUACGAUGCGAACAUAAACACAAGCUCGCUCACAGCAACCCUGCCCUGCUGCGGCACCGCGCGCAACUGGGUCAGUGGGCCGCCCCCCGCGCCCCUCCCCGCCCGCCUGGUGGCGCAACCGCGCGAACGCGCACUAACAUAGACCUGGAUCGCGGGAAAGUGGGUCACCGACUCACUUUCACUUAUUACAUGGGCUCCUAAUCGUUUUCCAUUGUGCGAGCGGGCGGGGGCUCGCGGGUAGCGGCGGGGCGCGCAUGCGGGAGGCGCCGGCACGCGCGACGUUGUCGCCGGCUGCCAGUCGAUCGCGGGACGUCCACGGCGUGGCACGCGUGUCGCCGUCUGUACUUACACUUGCGACGAUCGUAAUUGAGCGCGCGCCUUCAAACUUGCGAACGGUUACCACACACACCGGCGCCCGGCGCCAAAAGGACUUUUGACCAGACUCGCGUACGACAACAUGUGCUGGAUUAACGUGCCUCUACCUAUAGUGUUCGAACAGGUGCAGCCCGCAAACGGCAGAUAGUGUUGCGGCUAGACCGCUAGUGAACUCGGUGACUGUGUAAACGUUGUUGCGGUUGAACGCCGGUAGGAUUUGCAAUAAACAGCCGCUACGUGCGGCCGAGUAUGACGAUGGACCAGCAGACAGGCCUCAUGUCCCUCAACAUGUCCCCGUUCGAUCUGAGCCCGGGACCCGAAGGCUCGGGUUCGGGCGGCGGGCCCUCGGGAACUUCCCAACAGUAUGUUCCACAAGGCGCCGCCUACCAGUGCGGGCCGGAGCAGCAAUCUUUCGGAUACGCCAAUUUGGAUCCUUCUUAUCUAUUUCCCACAGGCGCCGGCGGCGAGGCUGGGGCCUACCUCCCGGCCACCGGCGCGGUGUGCGACCAGACCGACACCAAGGAUGUCAUCGAAGAACUGUGUCCCGUGUGCGGAGACAAAGUCAGUGGAUACCACUACGGCCUGCUCACAUGCGAGUCAUGUAAAGGAUUUUUCAAGCGGACCGUACAAAAUAAGAAGGUGUACACAUGCGUCGCAGAACGAGCUUGUCAUAUAGACAAGACACAGAGGAAGCGCUGUCCCUUUUGCCGAUUUCAGAAGUGUCUGGAUGUCGGCAUGAAACUUGAAGCUGUUCGAGCAGACCGUAUGCGGGGAGGGCGAAAUAAAUUUGGCCCUAUGUACAAACGAGACCGCGCCCGGAAGCUUCAAAUGAUGCGACAGAGGCAGAUAGCAGUGCAAACACUGCGAGGAUCGAUAGGAGACGGUAGCCUCGUACUAGGCUUCGGCUCUCCCUACGCGUCGGUGCCAGUGAAGCAGGAGAUUCAGAUACCGCAGGUGUCAUCGCUGACGUCGUCGCCAGAGUCGUCGCCGGGCCCGGCGCUGCUGGCCGCGCAGCCGCAGCCGCAGCAGCCGCCACCGCCUCCCGCGCACGACAAGUGGGAGGCGCACUCACCACACUCGGCGUCGCCCGACGCCUUCGCGUUCGACGCUCCCGCCACCAACGCCGCCACGCCCUCCAGCACCGCCGAGCCCACGAGCACGGAAACCCUGCGAGUCUCACCCAUGAUCCGCGAAUUCGUCCAGACCAUUGACGACCGCGAGUGGCAGAACUCACUCUUCGGACUCUUGCAGAGCCAAACUUAUAACCAGUGCGAAGUUGAUCUCUUCGAGUUAAUGUGUAAAGUGCUGGACCAAAACUUGUUCUCUCAAGUGGACUGGGCGCGAAACACCGUGUUCUUUAAGUAUUUAAAGGUUGACGAUCAAAUGAAGCUGCUACAGAACUCUUGGUCGGACAUGCUGGUGCUGGACCACCUGCACCAGCGCAUGCACAACGGGCUGCCGGACGAGACGACGCUGCACAACGGCCAGAAGUUCGACCUCAUCUGCCUGGGGCUGCUGGGCGUGCCCGCGCUGGCCGACCACUUCAACGAGCUGCAGAACAAACUGGCCGAACUCAAAUUCGACGUUCCAGACUACAUCUGUGUUAAAUUUUUACUUCUUCUUAAUCCCGACGUGAGGGGCAUCGUGAACGUCAAGUGCGUUCGUGACGGCUACCAAACGGUGCAAGCUGCGCUUCUAGACUACACGCUCACCUGCUAUCCAAAUAUUCAGGACAAGUUCGGCAAGCUGGUGACCGUGGUGCCGGAGAUCCACGCGCUGGCGUCGCGCGGCGAGGAGCACCUCUACCAGCGGCACUGCGCGGGCCAGGCGCCCACGCAGACGCUACUCAUGGAGAUGCUCCACGCGAAACGCAAGCCGAACGGAGGCGAAAUGGUUAACCGGAGUGCCGAGCACACGUCGACCCUAGACCGAUUGUGCGGUUUCCUGCCAAGCGACGCCAUUGACCCGCAUUCGCCCAUUUAGAAUCUUGAAGUCCCAGUGAAGGGUAAGGUUAGGACCGAAGAAGCGCCAAGCGCCCCGACACCACAUCAGAUAAAACGUUGUUCGACAAACUUUACUUAUUAACUUAGCUUUAGUUUGUAAUUUGGUGUGUGAUUAAAUAAGUUAUUGCGCUGAGCGCCGGCCGAGCGGUGCGGCGCGUGCCUAGUCCGAAUACAUAAAACAAAUAUUUAUCUACCUAAUAUCUACAUAACAUGAAUACAGAAAUAUUUAUUUAACAGUAUGUCGUCUUAAUUCAAAUGUGAAUCAAAAUUAUAAUAAGCAAAUUGUACGCUCGACCGUUCAGAGAAACAAUAGGCAAAUGAAUUCUUAAGUCAAGUCAAAUAAUACAAAUAUUGUUCUUGCUUCUUGCGUUUCCUUGGUUGUUUGUUUUCAUUUAAUGUUUUUA